AUGUCAUUGCCCCUUGGUCAAGCACUCCUUCGUCCUGCUGUAAGCAGUGAUGGCCGCUAUAUUGCACUCAUCACCCCAACCAGCGCACUGCAAGUCAUACAGGUCGUCGACACUCUUGAGGUCAAAGUUCUCUUCGAUGGAAGCCCACCCAAAGUUGCAGCCAGCUUUCUCUCUCACUUGACAGUCCUGAAAUGGUCGCCUCUGUCAUCCACCGCAGACGAGAGGUCUUGUCCGCCAUGGCUGCUUCUAUCGGAUGGUCUUCGAUUGCUAGUCUUCAACACAGAACGACUCCUCGAACUUGCACAAGAUCACGGCUCCUCCAGUCCGGCAUACAUCGCAGCCGACUACGAUUUCGGGGAGCACUCUGGUAAACUAUCAUUCGCAGACUUCCUAUUCGAUACCAAACACGUCCUUGUCAUGUUUGAGUCCUCCGGCAUUGCAUCGAUACUUUCCACCACUCGAGCACAGCGGGACGAUAUCGCGAAUGUCAAAUUCACAGGUCAGCGCGGUUUGACCAGAUCAGCCAAUCAUAGGACUGUUUCUCUCCUAACACGAAGCAAAGGUCAAGAUCAGCUCCUGCUGCUGGGUCUCCAAGAAGGUGAGGUCCGACCACAAGCUAGCUUCAACCUGCCGACAACGGACGCGCAGUCAGCACAUUUCUCUCCGGGACUGGAUCCUGUUCUGACCGUGGUGGACUCCCCGAGCUAUGGCGUGAGAGUAAACUUCUUCUCUGCCAUGGGUCAUCCGCUCGAAGCCCUCAACAUGAGUGGUCAGUUCGGGACAUCGUCGGAGUUGGAUGGUGUCGGUGUAUCCCAGCUGAGAUGGGCAAGAUCUAUGGACAACAGCAUUCUUGUUGUUGCGGAUGGCAAGAAGCAGAUACUUGUUCGCGAACAGAACCACCAGAAGUUGUGGGUUCGUGAGAUCGGUAUCCUUCAACACCCUCCGACAAUCGACGGAUCCAUGUCUUUGGUCUGGCAGCAGACGGGCGAUGGCGAAUUCGUUCUCCAGAAAGCAGCGUUCGAUGCUGUGCAAGCAGCGGCCUCCACGACAGAUGUGAUUCUGCUCGAGACGAACUGCGAUCAGACGUUCCUGGCUUCGACAGUACAAGACAACCCCAACACUUGCUGGGUCUGGCAACCCAAUCAUCCCGAUCCACAUACCAUUGUGACAUUCACAGAUCAUGUCAAAUUUCUCUUAUGGCAUCCAACCGAACCGAACGUCCUCGUUGUAACGACCAGCAGCAAGGAUCCCAUGGUGUACUGCUGGCAUACUGAAAGCCGUCCACCAAAACGCUGCGCCAUUCCGAUGACGGAUACAGGGUCCAACAAGUACGAAGCGAAAUGGGUAGAGCCGGCAGUUGAUGGAAGACAUCCGUUUGUCAUGACCAGUAACAAGGCAAUCGGCUACGGCUUAUUGAGACACGAAAAUGGCCAAGUCAUCUUCGACUCUCUGCCAGACCAGACGGCAGUUCAUCUCCUCGAUGAGAGUGAUGCGUCAGCGCUUGCUACUCCAAGCAAACCUGCCAAGGUCAAAUCUCAAGUCACUCCUAACUCUGAGUUAUGGUGA